UGCCAAUCGCAGACAAAGGCCGCCCCAGUGAAUCAUGUGGUGCCGGGGGAGGAAGUGCGGCUUAUUUUCUUUCCUCCCGUCGCCGGGCUCUGGCUGGAACGCGAUGCUCGGAGACCCCCGCGGGGGCGGCGGCGGCCGCGAGCCCCGAUGAAGCCCGAGCGCCCCGGCCGCGCCGUAGCGCCCCCGGCCCGAUGGAGGCCCCGCCGUGGGACCCCCUACGCAACGACUCGCUGCCGCCCACGCUGACCCCGGCCGUACCCCCCUACGUGAAGCUUGGCCUCACUAUCGUCUACACCGUGUUCUAUUCGCUGCUCUUCUUGUUCAUCUACGUGCAGCUCUGGCUGGUGCUGCGCUACCGCCACAAGCGGCUCAGCUACCAGAGUGUCUUCCUCUUCCUCUGCCUCUUCUGGGCCUCCCUGCGGACGGUUCUCUUCUCCUUCUACUUCAAAGACUUCGUGGCGGCCAAUGCGCUCAGCCCCUUCGUCUUCUGGCUGCUCUACUGCUUCCCCGUGUGCCUCCAGUUCUUCACUCUCACGCUGAUGAACUUGUAUUUCACGCAGGUGAUUUUUAAAGCCAAGUCAAAAUAUUCUCCAGAAUUACUCAAAUACCGGUUACCCCUCUACCUGGCCUCGCUCUUCAUCAGCCUCGUUUUCCUGUUGGUGAAUUUAACCUGUGCAGUGCUGGUGAAGACGGGCACCUGGGAGAGGAAGGGGAUCGUCUCGGUGCGCGUGGCCAUCAACGACUCGCUCUUCGUGCUGUGUGCCGUCUCCCUGUCCAUCUGUCUCUACAAAAUCUCCAAGAUGUCCUUAGCCAACAUUUACUUGGAGUCUAAGGGCUCCUCCGUGUGUCAGGUGACUGCUGUCGGUGUGACCGUCAUCCUGCUCUACGCCUCCCGAGCCUGCUACAACCUGUUCAUCCUGUCAUUUUCUCAGAGCAAGAAUGUCCAUUCCUUUGAUUACGACUGGUACAAUGUGUCAGACCAGGCAGAUUUGAAGAAUCAGCUGGGAGAUGCCGGAUACAUAGUAUUUGGAGUGGUCCUCUUUGUGUGGGAACUCUUACCUACCACCUUAGUAGUCUACUUCUUCCGAGUUAGAAAUUCUGCGAAGGACCUUACCAACCCUGGAAUGGUCCCCAGCCAUGGAUUUGGCCCCAGAUCUUAUUUCUUUGACAACCCUCGAAGAUACGACAGUGACGAUGACCUUGCCUGGAACAUUGCCCCUCAGGGACUUCAGGGAAGUUUUGCUCCAGACUGUUAUGAUUGGGGACAACAAACUAACAGCUUCCUGGCUCGAGUAGGAACUUUACAACCAGACUCAAUUUUGGAUCCUGACAAACCAAGCCAUGGGUAGCAUCCGUUAACAGUUAUAUGGACGAUGCCUCCGUUGAAAAUCUUCAGAGAGACUAAUUUAAUGACAGCUGAAUUUUUAGGGCACGUUUCCUUAAGAAAUGGGACUUGAUUUUUCUUUGUUACAGGUUUCUGAUGGCUCCACAGGACUAAGCAAUAAUUUAGAAUGAUAAAAACCUUAUUUUAGUACUAAAAAGUGAGCCUGGCUGCCUGUUUCAGUGAGUAUAAUUUAAACUUCAAAAAAAUUCUGUACUUUUAUAAAGAUGUAUUUUAUAUAACUUAAUGCUAAAAUAUACUAGGAUUUUUUGAGAAUGUUACUGCAAUAUAUGUUGUAGUUUGCACAGACUUUUAUGCAUAAUUCACUUUAAAAGUAUACAGUAUAUGGUCUGAUGGUUUUUGUUUUUUUAAAAAAGGCUUUUGGACUAAAGUAUUCCUCAAAUCCUUACCUCUUCAGAUCACUCAGAUUCUGGUAGACUCUAAGUAAAGACAUCUAGAAAGCGGAUUGCAGCUCCAGGGUUGAAAGUUACAAUGUAGCAGAGUGCCAACGGACUGCAUAGUAGGUAAAUUGGUUCCUUAGACUUGUUGGAGGCACAGAUGGUUGGUUCCUCUGAGAAUCUCCUACAUUUUGCCAAAAUUUAGUACUCCUUUCAACGGGGCACUAGUGUGUAUACCAUCAGUGAUAAGUUGAUAAUGUUAAUAAAAACACUGAUACAACUGACUUACACUAUUAAACUUCCUCUGUUGUAUUCAGA